AUGACAAAAAAGCUGCUCUCCAGCCGGACGUUUCACCGCGUCGUUGGGAAGGUCCAUGAACAAGUUGAACGUGUGAAACACGGCGUGCCUCCGCCAGAGACGCCCCGGAUUAGCGGCUCCGGCCGUCUCUCAAACCCUGAUUCUACCCCGAGAAGGUUCUGGGCAUACUUCAAGGAGGAGUGCCAGAAUCAAUUCAAAGGAAAGCCCACGGAGAAGUACUGA